CGUCCUGUUGCCUGGCAACUGCGAGCCGGUCGCCUCAGAGAGGAUCUGUACUCCUGAUCCGCGCUAAAGUAGAAAUAACUAUUUAUGUGAUUAUUUCUUUAUUUGUUUGCACGCGUAAACCCUUCUACUGGAAAUCAUCGACAUGGCUCAAGUUUUAGCCAAAAAGGCUGGACAUCUGUGCCCCGGACAGCGCGCGCUCCACAGCCCGCAGGCCAGCGCGGUCCUGGACGAGACGUGCUGUUGUCGGAUCAUGUGCCAGCACCCCCUCUGCUGGGAGGCGCACCUGCGCUGUGCCAGGGGGGUCCCGCGAUACACCGCGGCGAGGGCUGAACCCCCAGAGCCCCAGGAAGACGGAUUGCCGACCCUAAAGAUCCAGAACAUUCCCGGCUGGAGUGAUGAUGACCCGGAUGGCACAGUUCUGGGACCCUUUCCCAGAACCUUCAAUAGCUCAGAACCGUCUCACCUUACAGCCGCCCAUACGAAGGAGCGCAGUGUGAUUGAGAGCAGCGAGGUCCUGCAUUUCCCAGGGAGGAACUCUCCCAGAGCUCCUCGGACCCUGCUGAUGAGCGAGAGGGGCUUCAGUCCAGACCCUUUCUACGAGAAGCUCAGGCAAUCCGAGUCAUCUCCAAGGGACUCCAAUCGGACAGAUUCCAUUGUGAUCUGGGUCCCCAACCCACAACGCAGCUCACAGAGAAUCAAGCAGCCCGGGCAAACUAACAGCAAGCCUGCCCUUCUCCUCAGUGGAAAAUCUGAGAGACUCUGUAUCAGUGAGCUGAUCUACAGCCUCCCACCCUCCCAGACAGACAAGGCUCACAAAAUGAAGAGAAAGAAACCUUUCAAACUGUCCCACUCUGUAUCUCUGUCGACUGGGGGCAGGAAGAUGGCAAAGCAAUCGAUCCGGGCAGGCCACACUGAGCGGGACUCGGACGUCGCACAGGCUGAGGCAGUGGAGCCCCAACCCGCUCAGAAUAAAGCAGCCUGGCCCAAACAGCAACACGGGGAGCAGCUGCUCCUUCACAACAGGGGCGUGGUGCUGCACAGUGCGAGGGGGAAAAAGCAAAACCUGGAGGGGGGAUCCGGAUCGGGGGGUUUCCAGUACAGGCUGGACGACAAGUCCACGGACUCCCCAGGGAAGGACAAGGUUGACUGGGAGAGCCUAGGGAGGCAGCCCCUCCUCUGGAGGAGGUACCUUAUGUCUGCGUCUCGGGGCAAAUCCAAAACCGCAGGGCCAAAGUCCAGCAGACAGCUAAGCCAGCCUCUUGACCCCUGGGUGAAUUUCGGGAUUUAUUCGACCUCAAGAGACACAACGGAGAACAUCCAUCCCGGCCAGCUGCCUAUCCUGGAGAUCGGUCCCGCUCUCCCUUCCUGCUCAGCCUGGGCGAAAGACUCGCGCCGCUCCAGCUACGAUGCGGAGGGGUCCACAGCGCAGUCCACCCACCUCCCUGACUCAGCGACCAGCAGCGGCCUGUCCCCUCACAGCACCACACAGCUCCUGCAGCACGCAAUGUGCCCGACUUCGGAGAGUGAACUCAGCCGGGAGUCCUGGGUAAUUAUUCCUCCUGUGAAAUCAAUACAGUGGAUUCAGAAAACGGCAGAACAGGAGCCAGAGGGCUUUGUGGAGGAAACCCCAGGGAGUGGAGUCCUCACCGGAUCACAAACGCCACAGGAAAAUGAGACGGGGAGAGAGGCAGAGACUGAGACAGCUGAAAAAGAGACUGAGAAACAGACUGAGACAGAGACAGAGGGAGGGAGAGGGGAGCAGGAGACUGUGGCAACCGAGCUGGAAUCGAGCAUUGAGGAGGAGACGCCGGCAGCACCCCCCUGCACCCCAAGAUCUGAGCAGGACGGGGCAGAGGAGCUACCCCCACAGCCACCCCCCUCCACACAGACCCUGCCCUCCUCCCAACAGACCCUGCCCCCCUCCCCAAAGCCACCCUCCUCCCCACAGACCCCGCCCCCAUCCCCACAGACCCCACCCCCUUCCCCACAGACCCCACCCCUCUCCCUACAGACCCCACCUCUCUCCCCAUAGACGCCACCCCUCCAACCACAGACCCCCCCCACACUCCCAACAGCCCCCCACCCCUCCAACCACAGACCUCCCCACAGCCCCCACCCCACUCCCAAUAGCACCCACCCCCCUCCCCACAGUCCCCUCAGAACACAAACAGUGGCCCUAGUUCCCGGUAGAAAAGCCUGGCCUGACAGGGCAGUGUUCAGUGGAUCCACUCUCUUCAUUUUCGACAUGCGGUUCACGAGACAGGGAAUGCCAGGUGAUUAUGUCGUCUUCAUGCUCCCUGACGUCUGU